GCAGUGCAGCUAAAACGAACAGACUCAUCGUAUGCGUAUGGUCUGGUGCAACAGAUUAAAAAAAGUAAAACUUGUAAAUUUGAAGUGAUUAAAUAAUUAACUAAGUUAUGCCAAAAGUAGUGUCGAGGAGCAUUAUAUGCUCCGAUACGAAAGAUCAGGAGGAAUAUAGCGAGGAGAAGCCAUUGCAUAUCUAUUAUUGUUUAUGCGGUCAGAUGACAUUAAUUCUAGAUUGCGCAAUUGAAAAAUUGCCAUUAAGAAAAAGAGAUGGAGCAAGAGUCAUCGAUGGUAGUAAACAUGCUCAUAAAAUGACUUCAGAGCGAGAUGAGAUUAUAUUUCUCAAACGUCCAGAGGGAAUAGAAAAACAAUAUAGGCAAAAGUGUAAAAAAUGUGGCUUAUUACUAUACUAUAAGCAUGAUCCAGGGGCAAAUAUAGUAUUUAUAGUAAAAGAUUCGGUAAUAAAAAAUUCUGGCGAUGGUCCUAUGACAGAUAUUUAUAAUCAAGUAGCCAUUGAGAAACCUAAAAAAAUAAUGGUUACAAAGCAUACCAAAAAUAUGGGAAAAUUCAGCUCUGUUACUGUAUCCACAAUUGAUGAAGAAGAGGAUGAAAUUGAAGCUAGAGAAGUUGCUGAUUCAUAUGCAAACAAUGCACGCAUCAUAGAGAAACAGUUAGAACGAAAAGGAAUGAAUAAACGAAAAGCUAUACCAUCUACUGAGACGGAUUUGAAGAGGUCAAGACCUAGAGGAACAUUACUAGAUGUUUAAUUUUUCGUUAAAGGUAUUUCUAUGCAAAAAUUUGGAUUUAUAUAAUUCAGUAUAUGAGAGUAUAGCAGAAUCUCGUAAUAUUUAUUGUACAUUAAUUUACUUAUUUACUACAU